AUGGGGGACUCUCCAACAAAUGCUGUGGAUGGAGGCAUAGACACAUGCUGCAAAGACACUCAGACUGAACUGGCAGAGCGGGUAGCAGCCAUAGAUGUGACUAUUGGCCCAGACAGAAGUGACCAAAAUGGUGAAGACAACACGGAAGAAAAUGACACAGUCUUUUCUGAUAAUAUAAAAGACAUCCAAAGAAAUGGAGUCAACAGUGAUGUGGGAAUGAAUGAAUUUCUGCCUUCUCAACAGUCAGAAGAUGCUCACUGGAGGCAUGUUCCCAAGAGACCUCUCACUAGACCUGUCCUAUCAAGUAGGAAGUUGUCUCUUCAGGAAAGAUCAUCUGGAGGUUAUUUGGCUUCUAGCAACACUCCAGGUUAUGGUCCUUAUGCCACAGGGCCAUCACCACGUAUAAUGAGGAGACCAACGAUAGAGUCCAAUCGGGUCUCCAUAUCAGAUUCUGAGGAUUGCGUGCAAUUAAACCAGUACAAGCUGCAGAGCGAAAUAGGCAAGGGUUCCUACGGUGUUGUGAAACUGGCCUACAAUGAGAACGAUGACAAGUAUUAUGCUAUGAAAGUCCUCUCCAAAAAGAAGCUCUUGAAGCAGUAUGGAUUUCCACGUCGGCCUCCUCCCAGAGGGUCGAAAGCAUCCUCCGGAGAGCAGCCAAAACCCAUGGCACCACUGGACAGAGUCUAUCAGGAAAUAGCCAUCUUAAAGAAACUGGACCAUAUCAACAUCGUUAAGCUGAUAGAGGUUCUUGAUGAUCCUGCAGAGGACAACUUGUACAUGGUGUUUGACCUCCUGAGGAAAGGGCCUGUCAUGGAGGUACCAAGUGACCAGCCCUUCAGCGAGGAGCAGGCUCGGCUCUACUUCCGAGACAUCGUCUUGGGCAUCGAGUACU